AUGGUUAUAAUCUCUGAAACUUCCGGCGGCUCUAAUGGCGGCGAUCCAAACAAGAAACGUAAAGAUGAAGAAGAGAAUAGACGAAACAAGAAACUGAAAGGAAAGUUGUCGUAUUCUCUACCGAUCCCAUACGAUCUCACGCUAAGUUGCUUCGCGCUAGUUCGGAGAUGUCACUACCAGAAACUAUCCCUCGUCUGCAGUAACUUCCGAGAUAUCAUCAGGUCGCGUGAUCAGAUUAAUUCCGAACAGACUUGGAGUGGAUUGGAGUUUCCAAACCUACCUGAUACGUAUAAAGAGUUUGGGAAGUAUGCGGUGAUGGAGAAGAAGAUUUACCUCAUGGAUGGUGUAUUAUGUUGUGCUUUCGACCCCAUAAACAUGAGAUGGUUCCAUCAGGGACUGGGAUUGGAUUACUUGCGUCCUGUGUGGCACAUGUCGUAUUGUGUGGUAGAUGAUUUGUUGGUUUGUAUUAAUCCAACACUGCCUUUGGUUGGAGGUCCAAUAGCCUUAUAUGAGCUAAAGCAGGAUAUGUUGAGACAUGUAAAUGGUUUACAGGGUUUUCCUGGUAAUAUGAAUCUCAGCGAGUCUAGAAUGGAGAAUUUUGAUGGGAACUUGGUGAUUUUGGGUUCUGAUCAGAGUUGGUUUAGUGAGUAUAAAGGUAAAAAAGAGAUUUGGUGCGUAGAGAUCUCUUUUGAAAUACGGGGGAUAGGUGAGAUUUGGGGGAAUGUUGAAUCAGCUGCUGUUGUGCUUACGACCUUUAACAACACUCCUUCCAUUCAGCUUUGUCGAACUGUUACACUUUGA